AUGUUGAUUAUCAACAGUUCUUUUACUCACUUCUUCCUGCUUGGCUUUCCUGGCCUGACAUCUACGUAUUAUGGCGUCGUGUCUGCGUUGCUCCUCGCGGUCUUCCUGGCCAUCACAGUUGGGAAUAUCUUCACUCUGGUUCUCAUCAAGUUGGACCGAAACCUCCAUAAGCCCACAUACCUCAUUUUCUGCCACCUGGCCCUCACUGACUUGUUCUUCGGAACAGUCACACUACCUAGGAUCAUUUGGAGGUACUGGCGGAACGAAUUUCUGGUGGCCUUCCCGGCCUGCUUCACGCAGAUGUACUUUGUUCAUUUCCUGGGCGCCACGCACUCUUUCAUCUUGAUGCUGAUGGCACUGGACCGCUUUGUGGCCAUCUGUGACCCGCUGCACUACCCAACGGUGGUUACCAACACCGGCGUGACGCUCCUGUGUGCCAUUUCCUGGCUCAUGCCUGCCUCAUGGAUGGUGGCGGUGGUCACGCAGGCAGUUGUGAUGCCUUAUUGCAAUUCUAACGUCAUCCGACAGUGCUACUGCGACCACUUUUCAAUCACCAGACUCAGCUGCGUUCAAUCACAGGUUCUGGUCUUGGCCUUCCCUCUGGCCAUGUUCAGCCUCCUGUGCCCGCUCUCCUUCAUCAUCUUCUCCUAUUUUGCCAUCAUUGUGACAGUUGCCAAGAAGUACGGUGGUGAGAGUCGCGGCAAGGCGUUGUCUACGUGUUCACCACAGCUGCUCAUCACUGGACUAUACUAUAUGCCGCGAUGCUUCGUGUACAUGGCCAACAAUCAGGGUUACCACUUCACCGAGUCUGUACGUGUCGUGGUCAUUAUGAUAUACAGCCUGCUGCCCGCUGCCGUCAACCCACUCAUUUACUGCUUCAAAAUGAAAGAGAUCAAGGAGAACCUCAAGAGGAAGUUUCAAAACAGGAUCAGAACACGCACAGCACCAAAGUAG